AUGAAUUCCAACAAUAAUAAUAACAAUGACAGUUCAAGUGAGGAUGAAAUAUAAGUUUAUGAAACUCUGACUAAAUUACCUCCUGCAAAUGAAUUGCUUCCAAGGAAAUUAACAAUUGAUAUUGAUGUCAAAUCAUUAUACCCACUUAAGUGAAUAAUAAUAUAAAUACAUAUAGAAAACUUCCUUAAUUUUGUAUGACUUGUGUUCCUUUUUUAGAGGAAUCUUCGUAAGGUCAUUGUACUAUUUCUGAAACUACUGUAAGUGAUGAGAAUAGAACUCUUCUUGAUUAUUAUGAUGAAAAUAAACAAAAUCUGGUGUAUAAACGAUUUGAUUAAUUGGAUUUAGGAAAAAGAACAAAUAAUGACAGAACUUAUUUUGCUACUUUAAUUGCUAACUUUAAAAAGUAUUAAUAUUUAUAAAGAAAGAGCAUAACCAAAAAUUUAUUUUAGAGGAGAAGCACUUUUUGAUCAGAAAUUAACAUCCUGUAUAAGUGAUUAAAUAUAAUUUGAUUCAAAUUUUGAAUCAGGCAAUCUCUUUUGUGCAUUUAAGAAAGCAGAAAAUGUAUAUGAUUUGAUCAUUUAAAACGAUAUUAAUACAAGAGGAAAUACUUAAUGGUUCUUUUUUAGUGUAACUGGAGCCAAGGCAGGAUAGACUAUACAAUUUAAUUUGCUAAAUCAUGUAUAAGAUUGUUACUCAUAAUGAUGUAGUUAAAAAGUGGAAGUCUUUUUAAUGAGGGAAUGCAACCGGCUAUCUAUUCAAUAAAGAAUAAUUAAUAAAAUGGAUCUGAAUGGUUUAGAGAUGGAUUUAAUAUAAGUUAUUUUAAAAGUCCUUUUAUUAAGGAAUAUCCAUUGUCUUUAAAAAAGAAAUACUAUCAAUUGAGAUUUCACUAUACAUUCAAACAUAAUGAUGAUAAGGUGUAUUUCGCUCAUUCCUAUCCAUAUACAUACACAAAUUUAUUAGAAUUCUUAAAUACAUAAUUAAAUGAUCAAGAAAGAAAUCAGUAAUCACAUAUAUCUAAAAAGAUAUCUAUUUCGUAAAGUUUUGUGUACAACACUGGGUGGGAAUACUUGUGAAGUCUUGACAAUAACUUCUAAUUCAUUAUAACGUAGAGCCUAUAGAAAAGGAGUAGUUUUUAUGGCUAGACAACAUCCAGGCGAACCUUAAGGUUCUUAUGUAAUGUAAGGAAUCAUUGACUUUCUUACUUCUAAUCAUCCUUAAGCUGAAUAUUUAAGAUAGAAUUGCAUCUUUAAAUUAUUCCCUAUGAUGAAUCCAGAUGGUGUUAUUAAUGGAAAUUAUAGAUGUGGAUUAGAAGGUAGUGAUUUAAAUAGAAGAUGGAAAAAACCUAAUAAAUAUUUACAUCCUAGUGUUUAUUAUGCUAAAAAGUAUGUCAAAGGAUUUAGUAAAGAGAGAUAAAUAAUAUUAGUUAUUGAUUUGCAUGGUCAUUCUAGAAAGUAUAUUAAUUAUAUAUAUAGAUAAUCCUCUUUUGUUUAUGGAUGUGCCUAUUCAUCCUAAGUUAAAACUAUUGAACGUGUCUUCGCUUUACUAAUGUCUAAAUUAAAUCCAUUUAUGAAUUAUCCCUCUUCUACUUUUAAAAUUGAAAACUCAAGAGAUAAAACUGCCAGAAUAUAACUUUGGAGAGAAUUAAAAAUUAACUGGGUUUAUACUUAUGAAUGUAGUUUCUAUGGAUAAUAGAAAAAACAUUAUUAAAUCAAAGAUUAUAUUAAUUGUGGAAUUAAUAUUUGCAAUGCAUUAUCAUAAAUAGUUAAAGAUACAUCAAAAGAAUUUACUAAUUAAAUUAAUGUUCCUGAUAUAUAAUAAUAAAUCCUUGAAGAAUUAGGUAAAAUGCCAUAGACUGAUGAUUAAGAUAAUGGAUCUGAUUCUAGUUAAUCUGAGGCUGAAUUAUCAGAUGAUGAAUUAGUUUAAUUAUUUUAACCUAAAACCUAUUCAACAAAAUAAAAAAAUUUUCUAAAAUAAUAAGAAUUCAAUAAUAAAAAAAAACCACAACCUGCAAAUCCUAAAUCUACUUUAAAUUCUUAAAAAGCAUCAAUUUUAUAAGAAUCCCCAUCAAAAAAUUCAGAUCAAAAACCUCCUAUGAGUGGUUAAUAACAUAAGAAUACUCUUUAUCGAAUUUAAGCACCCUAAAGAUUAAAAUAGAUUGAAUAGGUAAAAAAACCAGAUCAACCAUUAAUGGUAGAUAAAUCAGUUUAAACAGAUGAUUGGAUGUAUAGAUAGUGGCUUAUUCAAAUGGGUAAAUUAAAGAAAUAGUAAGAAAUUUAAAGCUUUACUCCAACAAGAAAUAUAUACAAAUCCUCAUCACAAUCAGUCACAAGAUUUAUUGUUAAAAAUACUUCAACCAAAAAUGAUAGGGGUCGAGUUGAUUCAAUCUCCCUUGUUACAUAAGGAAUCUAAAAUAAUAAAUUAAUUAAAAACUAAUAAUCUAGAAAAUGA